AAUGAAUAAAUCAUUUGAACAGAAAUGAUCCCGGACCAGUAAAAAGAGCUGAGCUGGCAAUAUGUUGCGUCAUUCAGAACAGUAGGACGAAAAAACCUAUUAUACUCGACCUCUUCACAUUCGCCAGUGGUCUUGGCAUCGGUUCCUAGGUUGGUAUUAUGCUUGUGUUUUGUGGUGCGUUCUGGGAUACUGGAUGUGUGUGUUUCAGUGUCUCAUUCAGGACCGAAUAGAGAGGGAGUAAAUGGGUGGGCUGUGGGCAGUGCUGCUAUUAUACUUCUUUAAUCCCACACUUUAUUUUCUGGAAAACCUGAACAGAGGCCUAGAAUCACUGACUCAAAAUUUGGAUCUCGUUAUCAUGACAAAGCAAUUAUCAACCACUCUACACCUGACUAAUCCUAAAUCAGGGGGGUAUUUAAGUAUUUAAAAGCAGCACUAGUGGGCCUGCGGUGAGUCAGGAAUCGAGAUCGAGGAUCCAUAAUGGGGAGGAUUAUUUUCUACAAGGACAAAAACUUCCAGGGUCGUUGCUAUGAGUGCGACAGCGACUGCUCGGACUUCCACACCUACCUGAGCCGCUGUAACUCCAUACACGUGGAGAGCGGCGUCUGGGUGGUCUACGAGCUUCCGAGCUACAUGGGCUACCAGUAUGUUCUAACUCGUGGGAAAUACCCCGAGUUCCUGUGUUGGACGGGGCUCAAUGAGCGGCUCAGCUCCUGCAGGAUAAUCCACGUUACAAGUGGGACACAGUACAAGAUGCAGCUCUAUGACGAGGCAGAUUUUGCAGGUCAGUUGUUUGAAGUCACGGAGGAUUGCCCUUCCAUUCUGGAGCGUUACCGCUUGAGAGAGGUGCACUCCUGCAAGGUCCUGAAAGGAUACUGGAUCUUCUACGAGCACCCCAAUUACCGUGGCUGCCAGUACUUCCUGGAAAAGGGCGACUACCGCAAGCCUGUGGACUGGGGCGCAGUCUCUCCCAACGUGCAGUCCUUCCGUCGGCUGACCGAGUGACCGUAACAAAAACAAGCAUGCUCGGCCGUCCCGUGUCGCGUUAGAUCUCUUGGUUGUGAUUUAAACUGAGGUCCUGGAUGAAAUAAAGUUUGGCUGGUGCUGACUGCUUGGAAA